AUGGAUAACAUCCUUGAUGACAAAUUAGAUGAUUCCAACUUACCUCUUAUUUGUGAACAAAAACUUGUUCAUUUUAAACAAAGAUAUACUUGGGACUGCGGUAUAUCUUGUAUAUUAAUGAUACUACCUUUUGAUAGUAAAGAGUAUUUUUUACAAAAGUUUUAUACAAUUUGUAAUGAUGAAGGAUUCAGCAAAAGCACUUGGACUAUAGAUUUAUGUUAUUUGCUUAAAAGAUUUAAAAUUAAGCAUACAUACUUUACUAUAACUUUUGGGGUCAAUCCAGGGUAUCAAGAUGAAUUAUUUUAUGAAAAAAUUAUUACCAAGGAUGAAUCAAGAGUUUUGCAACGUUUCAAUUCAGCAGCCUCGCUAGGUAUUAAAAUAAAAGUAAAAAAUGUAUCAACAAUUGAUUUGCUAAAACACUUGUACAAAUUUGGAACUGUGAUAUUAUUAAUAAAUGCUAAUUUAUUGCAUUGCGACAUUUGCAAAAGGAAUAAGUCAGAUCUGAGAUCCUGUUUACCGUGGACUAAAACAUAUAGUGGACACUAUAUUGUUUUGUGUGGAUUUAAUUUAGAAACAAAAAGUUAUAUGUAUAGGAACCCCACAUAUAAAGACAGAGUGUGUGUGAUGUCGUUUCAGUACAUGGAUGAAGCUCGUAUGUCUUAUGGCACUGAUCAGGAUACUAUUUUUAUAUUUAAUAAAUAA